CUCAACCCUCUCUUCCUCCUUCUGUCUUCCCAUUUACUUGCUCACAGGUGGGAUGACCGAGUCAAAACCCUGAGCUGAUCUCAUCUUUCCUUCAAUCUGGAGAUUGCCCUCUAUUGGGGACUUAGUUCUGACCUUGAAGUUGUCAACCCAACGCGUCACGCGACCAUUGUUCAAAUAGUGAUAGACUUUUCGCAAGUCUAGCGGUGUCUUUCGGACCCCUGUACGAGGUCGUUAGGCAAUAUAUCACAGACGCUACCUUGCUUUUUAAGCGUACCGACUAUUCCGUCGAUACUAUUAAAUCAAUCACCGUGGUGUAUCGUUGAUUGUGAUCAUUAUGCUUCCUCCGGUUCCAGCACUGCCCGACUACGGCAUUUCGCCGGACCAUGGCUUUCUUCCCUCCGAGCCGCCCCUGAACGUCCUACCAGAUCCCUACUAUGCCAAGUGGGAGUGGCUGGUUUCGAAUCUACAAUCGCUAUUGCUUAGUAAGAGGAUUCGGGAUGUUGUCGAUCGUAUGCAUAUUUUAUCUACAUCGUAUCUUCAGUCAGAAGAGGAGUGGAGAAGGGCCUAUGUUGUUCUUGGGUUCAUUCUUCAUGGCUAUGUCUGGGGCGGCAGCACCCCAUCUGAGAGAGUACCUCCUCAAAUUACUGUUCCCUUGCUAGCGGUUUGCAAGCACUUGGAACUCCCUCCAGUGGCCACAUAUGCAGGAGUAUGUUUAUGGAAUUACAAAUCUAUCUUCCCGGAAGAGGCUGCAGAUGACCUCAAUAACCUGAGCUGUCUCAACACCUUCACGGGCUCAUUGGACGAACAAUGGUUCUACCUUGUGUCCGUAGCGAUCGAAGCGCGGGGUGCGCCAUCCUUGUCGCUGGCGCUACAAGCAAUUUCUGCAGCCCGGGUUGGAAACAGCCUGGUUGUGACAGAAUCCUUGCAGAAGCUCGCAGAGGUUAUAGACGAAGUAGGAACGUUACUGGAACGGAUGUACGAGAACUGUGAUCCGUAUGUCUUCUACCACCGCAUACGACCCUAUCUCGCUGGCAGCAAAAACAUGGCCGACGCAGGACUUCCUCAUGGCCUGCUAUACGAUGACGGUAGUGCAAAGCCCGAGUAUCGUCAGUAUGGAGGUGGUAGUAAUGCCCAGAGCUCCUUGAUUCAAUUUUGGGACAUCGCUCUGGGCGUAGAGCACCGACCCACGGGAGAAUCUCGCUCUGAAUCCGAUAAGGACGAUAAAGACGGGGUUCCUGGAGCACCUCGGCAUGGCUUUAUCCAAGAAAUGCGAUCGUAUAUGCCAGGACCUCAUCGUCGUUUCCUGGAACAUGUAACGGCGGUGGCUAACAUUCGGGACUACGUGGAAGCUCGUCGCUCGGAUAAGGCAUUGUGCAUUGCGUAUGAUGCUUGUCUUUCAAUGCUGCGGACCUUACGGGACAAACACAUUCAGAUGGUGUCCCGGUACAUCAUAAUCCCAUCCCGCGAUGCCAGAGGCCGAGCCCCUCGGCCGACAAGUCCACGGAGGCAUGCGUCUGCCACUAAUCUGGCCAACACUCGUAACAGCGAUGGAAAGCACAAGAAAUUGCGAGGAACCGGAGGGACCGCUCUGAUCCCAUUCCUGAAACAGGCACGCGAUGAGACCGGGGAGCCGGCCAUCGAUGCGUGGGCUCGACGACUUCUGAGUAACGCACCCGCCGACGCCAGUUUCGCGGCUUUGAGCAAGGUUGGCGAGCACCCUGACGGCCACUUGCAAGUUGUCGGGCUGUCGGGUACAUGGGCGGCGGAUGACUGUGAAGGAGGUAUUUGCCAUUGGUGAUCAGCCACAGGGACGAUGUUCGUUCCGCACGAAUGAUGUGUUU